AUGACGGAUGUUCAUAACUUGGGAUUAGACAUUAUUACUUGUCACGCUUGGAGUAAAGAUCAAACAGAAGUAGCAGUAUGCCCAAAUAGCAAUGAAGUCCAUGUUUAUAAACAAUCGAACUCAGGUUGGAAAUCAACUCAAAUAUUGGAGGCUCACCACAUGAAUGUUAUGUGCCUUGAUUGGGCUCCUAAAACUAAUCGAAUAGUAACAUGUGGAGCUGACAAAGAUGCUUAUGUUUGGAAUCAAGAUGAAAGUGGAAAAUGGAUACCAGCAUGGGUUAUUUUGAGAAUGAACCGUGCAGCCGUUUGCGUAAAAUGGUCUCCAUUAGAGAAUAAAUUUGCGGUUGGUUCAGGAGACAGAAUGAUAGCUGUCAGUUAUUUUGUUUCGGGUAAUAAUUGGUGGCUUUCAAAGCAUAUAAAACGACCGAUUCGAUCAACUGUAACAGCAAUUGAUUGGCACCCAGAUAAUAAAGUAAUUGCGUCAGGCUCAACUGACUUUAAAGUGCGAGUAUUUGGUGCUUAUAUUAAGGAAAUGGAAGAUGCACCGAGUUCUGGGCCAUGGGGAGCUGAAUCACCAUUGGGUACUUUACUUGCUGAAUUUCCCAAUUCAACAAAUGGUGGUGGUUGGGUUCAUUCAGUUGCAUUUAGCCCAACAGGCAAUAAACUUUGCUGGGUUGCUCAUAAUUCAUCUAUUUGUGUUGCUGAUGCAACCAAAGGCAAUGCUGUUAUGAGACUUUACACUGAGCAUUUACCCUUUUUAAGUUGUGUUUGGAUUGGACCCAAUUUGAUUGUUGCAGCAGGGCACAGCUGCAUGCCGAUGCUUUACUCAUUCGACUUAAAUGGCCAGCUAUACUUUGUGUCGAAAUUAGACAAUUCACAGAAAAAAGAAGCCGCUGGUAUAUCCGCUAUGAGGAAAUUUCAAUCACUCGACCGACAAGCUAGAACAGAAACCAAUGACAGUGCACUUGACAGCAUCCAUCAAAAUACAAUAACAUGUGUCCGUAGAGUUUCUUCGAGCCAGUUUAGUACUAGUGGUUUAGAUGGUCAACUAGUAGUUUGGGACUUAAAGGUCCUCGAAAACGCCAUGGCUGGUUUGAAGAUUAUUUAA